UAAACACUCACGCUGCGCAUAAUCGAGGACGGUAACCUGUAUCUUCUUCGCACUCCAUCAUCCUUCUUCGCCAAAUCCUAUCCCUGUUAAAGCCGGCGCCGCUGCUUGACCUCUCGGCGAUCUUAUUGCUCCAGCCUCCUUCGGUCACAGGUGAACAAGGAUGGGAGCAUUGAUAUCCAAGUUUUGGUUCAUGUUAUUCCCUGCCCAGGAGUAUAAGAUUGUGGUUGUUGGGUUGGAUAAUGCUGGGAAGACCACAACCCUUUAUAAAUUACAUCUGGGUGAGGUCGUCACUACGAACCCUACCGUAGGAAGCAACGUGGAAGAACUCGUCUACAAGAAUAUAAGAUUCGAGGUUUGGGAUCUAGGUGGCCAAGAAAGAUUGCGGACAUCAUGGGCGACAUAUUAUCGUGGAACUCAUGCCGUAAUUGUGGUGAUAGACAGCAGUGACAGAGCCAGGAUCUCCAUCAUGAAGGAUGAACUUUUCAGGUUGCUGGGGCAUGAAGAUUUGCAGCAGUCUGUUAUUCUAGUAUUUGCAAACAAACAAGACCUCAAGGAUGCUAUGACCCCUGCUGAGAUCACUGAUGCCCUAUCCCUACACAGUAUCAAGAAUCAUGAUUGGCACAUACAAGCCUGCAGUGCCCUCACUGGUGAUGGGCUGUAUGAUGGCCUGGGGUGGAUUGCCAGCCGGGUCACCGGGAAAGCACCUUCAUGAUUAAGCUAGACAGGUUGAGCUUCAUUUUUCAAGGACUCGUGAUUCUGAUGAGUGACGAAAUUCUGUGUAUCAUUUAUACAUUGAAGUAAACACUGAACGGCAAGGCCAUGCAAAUUUGUAGAUUGUUUAUUUCCGUUGUGUACCAUUUGUUCACUUGCAAUGGAGAAUAUCAUUUACCCCAUGUGUUCCCUCCUUUCAAAUGGGGGCUUUUUUGAAUGGGAGAAAUUGAAGUC